UGCACAAGACCACGGAAACUCCGCGGCCCCUCCCGGCCCGGUCGAAGGUGCUCACCCCUCCAAGAGUGUAACAUCGGAUCCAAAUUCGGGCUUGCGACUUCUUUUGUCAGCCCCAUCCCUGCCCGUAAACCCCGCGUCAUUGCAACAAAGGAGAGCCGUUGACGUUAACUCCGACAUGCUCGGGCCGGUACCUACAUCAUCAAAUAUAUAAGUGAUCAUCUUGCCAGUUUCAAAAACUCCAAAUUUGAACUCCAACGCAUCUACACCGCUCGAGCUUCCUACCUACCUACCUUACAUACCCACGAUUCGACAAAUGCGCAGAAUGGCAGCUCUCAAGAUCAACAGCGCCUUCAAGCUGCCCAGCGGCUACGAGAUUCCGCGCUUAGGCUUCGGGGUCUACCAGACUCCGGUCGAGGACACUGCACGAUGUGUGUCAGAAGCUUUUAAAGUCGGUUAUCGCCAUAUCGAUUCGGCAGCCGGUUACAGAAACGAAGGUCCCUGCGGGGAAGCCAUCCGAGCGGCAUCGUCGAUUCCGCGGGAAAACGUGUUCUUCACCUCCAAGGUCCCGCCCCAAAAGAUGGGCUAUGAGGGUACGAAAUCCCAAAUCGCAGAGUCGCUCGCCGAAUCAGGGCUGGAGUACAUCGACCUCAUGCUACUCCAUGCCCCCUACGGCGGCUCGGCCAGCCGCAAGGGCUCGUGGAAGGCCCUAGUCGAGGCAGUGGAGGCCGGGAAGCUGCGCAGCAUUGGGGUGAGCAACUACGGCGUGCACCACCUCGACGAACUCGAGCAGCACAUCGCCGAGCUUGAGAAGGAGCGCGGCGGCAAAGGAAAGGGAGGCGUCAUCAGUGUCGGACAGUGGGAAAUCCAUCCCUAUUUGCCCCGCAACGACAUCAUUGAGUGGUGCGCCAAGCGCGGUAUCGCCGUUGAGGCGUACUGCCCCCUCGUCCAGGGCAAGCGCUGGGGCGAGCCCGCGGUCAAGAAACUGGCCGAGAAGUAUGGAAAGAGCGAGGCUCAGAUCCUGAUCCGCUGGAGCCUUGAUAAAGGACUCCUUCCCCUACCCAAGAGCGUCACCUCGAAGCGUAUUCAGGAGAAUGCGGACGUGUUUGACUUUGAGCUCACGCCCGAGGAGGUUAAGGAGGUCGAAACGGACGAGUACUCUUCGAUCGCCUGGGAUCCGACUGUUGUACCGUUGGAUCAGUAAGAGGGGUUGCAAACGAGCUGUAGGGUAGUUCAACAUAUUCUACUGCUUCGGCCCCGGGCCGUCAUCCACAUUGUACCUAUGACAGAUCAUGAAGCCGCAACUCGCAUUCAAUUUCAAGAAUAACAAAAAGCAAUUGCAGACUCAACAAAACAAA